GAAGCUCGGCGUGCGAUGUGCCCCAUCCCAUCCGGAGUGGGAACGGUCGGUGCCCUCUCUCCUCUCUCCGCCGUGCCUCGAGCUCCGCUGGGCGAACAGCCCUGCGCUGCACGGCACUGUCCCGCACUGCCGCCACCCGGGGGCGCCGCGGGCGGACUCGCCGUCCGGGCCCAGGGUCGACGGAGGCGGCCGUGCCCGCGGCGCUCCCCGCCCGCCUCCCGGCGGCGCCGCGGCGCGGCCAAUGGGGCGGCGCGGGGGGCGUGCCGUCCCGGCCCGGCGCCGCCGGUAUUUACGGGGCGGGAGGCGCCGCCGCCGUGUCAGCGAUCAGCGCCCGCCGUACCGCCGCUGCGCCCGCAGCCGGGGACGGGGCCGCAGCCGCAGCGGUGGCCGCGCGACGGCUGCGCCCGCGGUCGAGCGGCUCCUCGGUGGAGGCUGUGGCGGGCGGCUCGGCCGUGCCUGCGGGGCGGGCUGUGGCGGGCGGGUAAAUGGAUCGCCAUUCCAGCUACAUCUUCAUCUGGCUGCAACUGGAGCUGUGCGCCAUGGCCGUCCUGCUCACCAGAGGUGAAAUCAGAUGCUACUGUGAUGCCGCACACUGUGUUGCGACCGGCUAUAUGUGCAAAUCCGAGCUUAGCGCCUGCUUCUCCAGACUGCUUGAUCCUCAGAAUACACAUUCCCCACUUACUCAUGGCUGCUUGGACUCUAUUGCAAGCACAGCUGAUAUCUGCCAAGCCAAACAGGCACAAAACCACUCUGGCACCACCGUGUCCACAUUGGAAUGCUGUCAUGAAGAUAUGUGCAAUUACAGAGGACUGCACGAUGUUUUGUCUCCUUCCAAGGGACAAGGGAGCAGAUAUCAACAUGACAGCAAGAAUCUUAUCACCAAGGUACAGGAACUGACCUCUUCGAAAGAAUUAUGGUUCAGGGCAGCUGUAAUUGCUGUUCCUAUAGCUGGUGGGCUCAUUUUGGUGCUCCUUAUCAUGCUGGCCUUGCGGAUGCUCAGGAGUGAAAAUAAGAGACUGCAAGAUCAACGACAGCAAAUGCUCUCCCGUUUGCACUAUAGUUUUCAUGGACAUCAUUCGAAGAAAGGACAGGUGGCAAAAUUGGACUUGGAAUGCAUGGUGCCUGUAACUGGUCACGAGAACUGCUGCAUGACCUGUGAUAAAAUGAGACAUUCGGACCUCAGCAAUGAUAAGAUCCUAUCGCUAGUCCACUGGGGAAUGUACAGUGGACAUGGGAAGCUGGAAUUUGUAUGACCAAUUAUUUUUUAAUCUGAGCUAAACUUACUCUCUGGACUCUUGAAGGCCUUUGGGUUCUGCUGGACAGGAGCACUUUAUCUUAAAAGAAAAACUCUCAUAAAUCAUCUUUGAGAAACAAAGGACCUCUGCAAACAGAAUCUUGGAUAUUUCUUCUGAAGGAUUCCAAAAGUUGUCUUAUUUGCACAGAGUAAAAUACACUCAAAUGUAUUGUUUGCUUUAAAGUUAUGAAAGCAAAAAUUAGAAGUUGUAAACACUGUCACCAGGGUUAUCUGAACUGUAGGGAGCUGAGAACUGAGUUAUUAUAAUAAACUGUAUGCAAGCUCCUAUGUUUCCUGACUUAUUGUAAAGAUUUUUUUAAAAUAUAUAUAUUUUGUCUGAAA